AUGCCUAAGCCCACCACCGUCAAGAUCACCGUCUGGUACUGCGUAACACAACUGCUCCUCUGGCCCGCUCAACUGCAAGAUCGAUGCCUACUGUCCCUACUGCUACCACCAGAAGUGCUCUGGGUGCACGACAACGACGAUCAGGACUCCGGCUGGUCGAUAAACAAUGAGCCCUUUCUCGAUGGCACUCGCCAUAUCACGACCUGCCUGACAUGGCCAGGUCUCACACCCAUGACUGGCGCCUUGGACGACACGUCCUUCAACUUCACCGCCACCAGUCGUAAUGGCGACUACCACAGACAAGAAACCUUCAGACAGCAGGAAGGGGAAAAGGUGCCGCUACAAGGAACACGAGGACGAACAUACAUAUGA